AACAUGGCUGCCACCACCACCACUAUUAAAACUCUCCCAUGUUUCCUCUCAUUAAUCUUUCUCCUCAUCUUCACUUCCUUUCUUCCUUCCACAACCUCAAAACUCUGCAACAAACAUGACCAAAAAGCUCUCCUCGCCCUCAAAACUUCCUUCAACCAUUCAGACCCUUUCCCAACUUGGACUCCAAUCUUUGAUUGCUGUGAUUGGUAUGGUGUUACCUGCAACCAAACAACGGGCCGUGUCUACAGCCUUGACUUAACCACCGACCUCACCGGCGUUGUCCCUCCUGCUCUCGGUGAUCUCCCAACCCUCCAAGUCCUCCGUCUUCACAAGGUCCCCAAUCUCCACAGCCCCAUUCCUCACUCCAUCACCAAACUCAAACUCCUUCGCUUUCUAACCAUCUCUUGGGGUUCACUCUCAGGUCCAAUCCCAACUUUCCUCUCUCAACUCCCUUCCCUUGAGAGCCUUGACCUCUCCUUCAACCAACUAUCCGGCAACAUCCCACCGUCUCUCGGUCACCUCCCGGCCCUUCGUGUCAUUGAUCUUAGCCGGAACCACCUCACCGGCACCAUUCCAGAGACUCUCUUCCACAUCAUUAAUCCUAAAACUACUUUCCCAACCCUCAUCCUCUCCCACAACAACCUCACCGGACCAAUACCGUCUUCUUUCGCCAAUGUAGACUUUGCCGCUUUAGAUGUUUCAAGAAACAAGCUCACCGGAAAUCCAUCUUUCUUAUUCGGCCAAUCCAAGUCAGCAGACACCAUUGUUUUGGCAAGGAAUCAGUUCAAGUUUGAUCUUUCCCGGGUUGUGUUCCCGGAGAAUGUUGAUGUACUGCAACUAGAGCAUAAUAUGAUAUAUGGGAGUAUUCCUAAUCAGAUAACCAUGGUUUCAACGUUGCAGUUCUUCAACGUGAGUUAUAACCGGCUCUGCGGUGAGAUCCCCACCGGCGGUCAGCUCGGAAGUUUCGAUGAGUAUUCGUUCAUUCAUAACAAGUGUCUCUGUGGAACUCCUCUGCCACCAUGCAAGUGAAAUGCUGCAUGUUAUAUAUACGUACUACUAGUUAAUUAAUUGUAUGUUCUAUGUUCUAUGUUCUAUGUUCUAUGUUCUAUGUUCUAUGUUGUGUUUGUUUUUGGGAAUAAAUAAAACUUUGC